GCUGUUGGCAUGGGAAUAUUCGUCGGACUUGGGGGCAAAUACCUCCUCACUUUGAAGUGGUCAUACAAAAUCAGCCACAAUAUUAUCCUUCCGAUCAGUAACUAUUUUGAACCCAUUGCAAAUCCCUUUUUCCCUUCUUAGAUCUUUCUCCUCUGCGCGUUUUGAUCUUCUUCGUCUGCAAAGCGCGCAUGAGGCAGCCUAGCGCAAAUGGCGGAGAGAAGCGCUGGGUCGAUUGGCUCUUCUACUGCUUCCACGAUCUUCUACAGCUGCCCUUCCACGAUCUUUCACAGCUGCCCUUCGUCUGAAGUGAAUUGGUCAGAUAUAGAUGAUUCCGACCAUUCUUUGUCAAUUGCUGCUGAAAAUGAGUCUGAGGAUGAGGAUGAUGUGGGAAACACCUCUACUGAAGAUGAGGAGUCUGAGGAUGAGUCUGAGGAUGAGGAUGAUGUGGGGAACACUUCUACUGUCAUCAAUUUGGAACCAUCGCGCCUUAUUUCUUCUGAGGGGAGUUUUAAAGAAAAAAUCACCUCAUGGCAAAAGUGGGGGCCGCUGGGAAAGGGGUCAUCUGUUUAUGAAGUCAACACUGAUAAUGGAUCCUUCUUUGCUGUGAAGGAGGUUCCUUUGUUAGAUCAAGGAAAUCAAAGCAAUCAGAACUCGUUGCAGCUUGAGCAGAAAAUUAAGCUUUAUAGACAACUUGAACAUGAGAACAUUGUUCGAUAUAUCGGCACAGACAAGGAUAACGAGAAGCUUUAUGUGUUCCUUGAGCUCAUGCCCAGAGGUUCACUUUCAACUUUUUACCACAAAUACGGCUUGAGAGAAUCCCAAGUCUCUGCAUACACUAGGCAAAUUCUAGAGGGUUUGAAGUAUCUUCAUGAUCAGAAUGUGAUACACAGGGAUAUUAGAUGUGCCAAGAUACUGGUUGGCGCAAGUGGAUCUGUGAAACUUACUGACAUUGGAAUGGCAAAUGCCAUUGAAUUGAAUGAUGCUAAUUCCUUUAGAGGAACUAUUUUCUGGAUCGCACCUGAGGUCAUCAAAAAUGGACGCAACGGAAGCUGUGGGUUGGCAGCUGAUAUUUGGAGCCUUGGGUGCACUGUUUUAGAGAUGUUAACAAGCAAGAGGCCAUAUUCUGAAUUUGGAGAUGAGCAAGCAUUGGAGAAAAUAUUCAUGGGUGUACUUCCUGAAAUUCCUGAAUAUUUGUCAAGAGACGCUCAAGACUUCAUCCACAAAUGCUUGCAAGUAGACCCGAAGGAUCGGCCUUCUGCAGCACAGUUGCUAGGCCAUCCUUUUGUAAGGAAGCCACCUACUUCUGCUGGUUCUGCUUCACCUCGUUAAAAAAUCAAAUUGUCAUGAGGUUUUUCCAUGCCAUCCCUUUUCGAUCCAUUGCUCUGAAGAUCUUCUUUGGGGCUAAUGGGAAGAUACCUCCAUUAACUUACCACAUUUGUACUAUUUAGUCCAAAAAUCAUAACAUUUACAGUCUACGCUAAACUUUUAGAUUGGAGCAAGUGUAUUUAUGGUGUCUACGGUCCGUUUCCCAAUUCCCUAACGAACUCGUCACGAUCUACCGUUUUCUCCAUAAGUUUUAAUUAACUCAUUACGCUAGACAUUAAGAUAGUAAUAACAGAAUGGAGCAAUAUUCAGCU